AGAAACGGGACCUCAUGCGGGGCUAUGUUUCACGGUGAUUUCAAUCGUUCAGAUUGCGGGGAAUGAAUGACUUAUAAUAAUCGAUCUUGGCCUUCUUCUGCCUUGCUGUCAACCGUUGCGGGGGGGGGAUGAGGUGUUGGAGGGGGGGGGGCCCAUGGGGACGAUCAAACAUGAAGCGUCGAGUGGAUGGAGUGCUUUGAACAUCGAUGCCGUGCAUCGCAUCAAUCUGUUGUGUGGUUAUUAGUAAUGUACAGUACAGCGCUGUAGAACCCCAUCCCUUAGACUCUCUCUCUAGCUGGCCACUCACGAUUGAGUUGGGAUUCGAAGAUGCCGAGAAGAUUGGGGGAGAAGAAAAACAAAACAAAAAGAAACGAAAACAAAAUGGGUGAAGGUGGGGUUGAAAAUUGAAAUUCUGUGGAAAUAUUUAUUU